AUGGUAACAGCUUACUGUUGCUGCGGCAUCGCUGCAAGGAACGUGAUUCUUGUGGCCUAUGCGGCUUAUCAUGAGCAUCAACAUGAAAUGGUUCAGUUACUCGGUCCACCACAAACCAUAGUACCAGUGGCAAUAGGACGUCCAGCAGCUGCACAGAAUGGUGUUCCUCAGAUGGCUGUUCCACUCACGGAGCCGUUACUAGUUCAUCGCAGUCUUUGUGGUGUCGUGCGUACACCAACGAAGAUUCAGUUUGCUAUUGGUGAUCUCGCCGUUACGAUUCCUAUUGUACCCCUAGAAAUGAGCGGUUUGGCGGGAGGGCUCAAACGUACUAUGGAGCGACCAACAUCAACACCUCUUGACCUUUCUAAACGACGAAGAGAACCGGAGUCAGGCAGUUCGGGUUCAACAACACCGACCAAUAUUGUCAGGGUGAGUUUAACAUAG